AUGGAACUCGCAGACGGCAAAAGAGACGUUGUCGACCCCGAGGUGCGGGCGUAUGUAUCAAGUCUUGUUACUGCACUUGGAGGAAGCGGUGCCGACGAAGAUGGUCGAUAUGUACUCGGAGACGAUGCUUUGGCUUGUCUUCGAGAUCUCAAGAGAUGGCUGAAACUUUACGACGAGAAAGCGAAUCGAUUGGACGUGGCAAGGUGUCUAGCAGAGUCAAAUCUCGUGGGAGGAGACUUGCUACAGAUUCUGGCAGCUUGGCCGGAAAAUGCUACGGAUGAUCGAUUGAAGUCGAAGAUAGCCCUGGCGUGUCUGGAACUUUUGGUGCCUCUGACAUGGCCUCUCGGCAAGGAUCCAAAGGAGAUGACCGUCAAUCACCACCGACAUGUUCCCUACCUCGAAACCGCGCAGCUGGGAUACAAACGUUCAAUCAUCAAUUUCGACGGAGCCAGAAUACUUCAUACUGCGAUACGAUGUGCUCUGCCCUCGAUGGCUGUAGAUAUGGGUGACCGGAGUACACGAGAUGAAGGCAUUAUCAAGCUUCUACUCUAUUUCAUACGGAAUAUUGCUAUGAUUGCUCCGCCUCCAAAUGUCCAAUACGAAGGAGACGAAGCAGAAAUCUCGAGAUCCGCCACAAUUGAUGCCUUUGACUACCAGGAUGUUUUUCACCUACUCUUAACCGUGUCAUCCACAAUUGGGGAAGACUACAAUAUGCAGGAUGUUGUGGUACUGGAUAUACUUUUUCACCUGAUCAAAGGGGUAGACAUUGAGAAACUCUUUCUCGAUGAAAAGGCAGCCGACAACAGCAAGAUGGAUGAACUAGUACGUCUACGGAAGAAGGAGGCAGCAAUGCUACGAAGCUAUCAGACAAAUGCCCCAACGAGGCACAAUCGAUUUGGUGCUAUGGCCUGGCUACAGCGAGAGGACGCAAAGAUGACGACGAUCUCAGGCCAGGCUGCUGUAACGGACUCUUCGAGGGGUUUGGCCAAAAUGGAUGCAACCAAAAAGUUCAAGCCUCCACGCCGAGCCCUGAAAGGAGACAACGGGCCUAUGGAUUUUGACACCCCUGUCCAUCUCAGUGUGCAGGCGACUAAGCAUCUCCGUGAAUUUGUUGAGGAAUUUCUGGAUUCGGGCUUCAACCCUCUUUUCAACCACAUACGCAAAGCGAUUGACCGAGAAGCAGAGCGAGUUCUUGAGUACCAUCCGCGACAGUUUUUCUACUUGAUCUCCUGGUUUCUUGAGGCUGAGCGAGUCAGGAGAAGGAACAAAAAACCUUCCAAGGUUCAACAGAGUGCUGUCUCGGAAGAAGUGGACAGCUACUCCCUCGUCGCCAGUGUUUUGAACCAGGAGAUGUUUGUUACGUUGAACAGAGCCAUGGACUACACAUUUGAGCACAAGUCAUGGCAGGAUCUUAGCGCGGCUAUGAAGUGCUUCACUCAAAUUCUCCUCACUGUUCAAGACAUGUUGGAAUCACCUCUUGAAGACGACCAAGAAAUUGCCGAAAACAUUCUCAAUCGAAUAUUCUACGAAGAAACGACGCAUGAUAGAGUAGCCAACAUCACGCGUACCUACAAAGACCAGGGAUUUGGAUAUCUGGACUCUUGCACCGAACUCUCUCACCACUACCUUCGUAUUCUUGAGCAAUAUUCAAAACAAAAUGUGGACCUUCAAGUCAGAUCACGGCGCAGGGUGCGGCGAAAGAAGAAGGCUGCUAGAGCUGCUGGACAAGAUGAAGCUGAUGACGAUAUUGUGGAUGAAUCGGAGGGCGAGGAUACAACCAGAGCUGAACGCACUUCACACGAGCGGAAAUUCGAGUUCAAGCGCUUUGCUGCGCGCUUUUUGUCUCAGGGAUGCGUCGAUACUUUCGUUACCUUCACAGCCUACUACAACGACUUGAAGUCUUCACAGCUGAAAAGGGCACAUCGAUUCUUUUACCGAGUUGCGUUCAAGCAGGAGAUGAGUGUAAUGCUGUUCCGGGUCGACAUCAUUGCGCUUUUAUACAAGAUGAUCAAGGGUCCCGAAGGCUUAGACCCACAAUCCAGCAGUUACAAGGAAUGGGAUGAAUUCGUGAAGCAGAUUUUGAAGAAGUGUACGAGGAAGAUUCAGGAGCGACCUGAAUUGGUUGUCGAAAUGCUCUUUUCGAAAAUCAACAGUACUGCACAUUAUCUUGAGUACGGAUAUGAGAAGCAAACAGUGACGACGAAACCUCGCGCAGCGGCCGAGCUGGAAGUUAAGGGAGCUAAAGAAUGGGAAGAGCAAAUUGCCAUUGUUGUUGGUGCCCUGCUAGACAAAAAUGAGGCCGACCAUUUACAAUGGGUCAAAUCACAACUUUCCUCGGCUGAAAGCGAGCGAAGAAGCUGGGAAGGAGCGAAUGCUGCAUUGCCAUCAGUUGAGGAUGACCCGUUUGCAGAGCCUGACGAGACACCAGCAGUGCAGGUAGAGCCGCUUAAGGCUCCUCCAAUCCUGAUAAAACCUGGCGAUGAUGCUCGCAAGCUUGCCAUGUUCAAGAAUGGGCAUCUUCGACUUCUCAUGACUCUGGUCAGUUUUCAAGUCAUUGGAGUAGCUGAUGACCCCGAUGCGUCAUGGAUUAUCCCCUCCGACCAGUCAGCGGACCAGUUGAAACAAUCGCUAGAUUUGAUUAAGACAUCUGAAUUCUCCCCACCUGUUUUCGACGAUGGCCAAGAAGCAGGAGAUUUCAUUAGACGCAAAUCUGCAGGCACAGCAGGUAGGAAAAAGGCCACUUUUGACGACGAUGAUGGAAUCGAUGAUGAAGACGAUGAGGAUCUCUUGUUCCCUGCAGGAGGACCAACCCCAAUGAAUAAGUCCGAUGCUUUGAAAGAACUCAAGAAGAACCGUCGGCGUAGAAGAAAGGAGGGCACAGAAGACGCCGAAAGCCGCGGCUUAACAGAUGAACAGAUUCAGGCACGCGCCGAAGCUCGACGGCUAAAAGAGCUAGAGAAGAACCGGAAAAUCAAGAGCGCCCUCUUUGUGACGGCGAGUGAUGAUGAAUCUGAUGGAGAUAACGAUGCAGAGUUCUUUGCUCAAGAGAAGGAGAGACAGGCAGUUAAGAUCAAAACCAUGAAAGAGCUGCUAGGUGUUGGCCCAGACAAGCCUAGGAAGAGGCUUUCAAGUGCUAUGUCGGGGGAGAGCGACGAUGAUGAUAUUCUGAUGAGUGCGGCUGCGCUCCCGAGCAAAAAGCGGCGGUCGAGUGUUAUUCCGGUAGAUAGUGAUGACGAUGAUGAUCUUCUUACCAACCGUGGACGAUCUUCAUCUACGGCGAAAGAUGUGGGAUCUGAGGAUGAUGCCACGGAUACACCGUUGUCGAGUCCACAUAUCCGGUCAUCUCAAAUGAAGAAACGAAAAGUUGUGCGUGAUGAGGAGGAUAAAGAGAAUUCGGUACCUGAAAAUUCAGCUGCUUCUGCUUCAACGAAGUCCACGGCAAUGGUAUUAGACGAGGACGAUGAGGAUGAAGAAGUGCCUGUAGUUCGACAAGUAAGGCAGAGAGUCCGGGCAGGUUUUAUUGUGGAUAGCAGUGAUGAGGAAUAA